AUGGAGCGCUCAGGACCCAUCGUUGUUGAGUCGCAACUACUGAACGUUGUACAGCGUCACCUGCGCGUUAUAUUCGGUGGAGGGAACUUAACGCGUGGUGAUGGUUGCAUUUUGUUUACUGCGCAGCCGAUCCCCAUUGGUGGUGAAGAGGAAGCACGAUUGACAGAUGAUCUUCAGCGGUUAUGCCUGACAAUCGUGCGGGAUAUGACAGGUGGUCGUACGAGCCUCCGACUUCCCUCAGAAAGUGAGGAAACAAACUUUACACUGGUGAAGAAGCAGGUGCUGCCCUUCGAUAAAUUUUUGAAGGAGGUAGGGGCUGUUGAUGACUUUCCCGACAAUAUAGAUGAGGUAUCCGACCAACCGAACAUUCACCUUGUGUUGGAAACGCUCUACAACGAUGUUGUGUCGGACCUGCCUAGUGGGGCGGUGAUGGUGGAAAAGUUCCCAAAGGUUAUGUGCCCGACGGGUAAGCGGCUGGAUCUGGUAAUGAGGAAAGCAUCCUGUGUGCAAGUGUACUCUAAUCUCUCCACCCCGCUUCCCAUGGAAAGGGCCAAAUCCUCGCGCCCCGCGGGUGAUGAGGAGGAAAAUGAAGAUGCCGAUACGAACGGCGUUAGUGGAGGGGCAGCUGCUACCAAGAAGUCUUCCGGGGAGCCGCAACUAAAAGUAUGGGUUAAUAUGCGUGUAUUGGCCAGUGCUGUUGCUUCCUAUUCGGCCACCCCAGUUGAACAUGAAUUACCAAUUCAGUGGCGUCAAAAGUCUUUCGCUUUGGCAGAGGCACGGGAGGUUCUGGGACUUGUGUAUGAGACGCUCCGCUCUUACUGGAAGCGCAACCCUCACAGUGAGCGCAAUAAAAUGGACGCGGCGGUGCUGCUCUCCAUAGUUUCGGGGGAUCUGCAGGAGUACGUUAAAGGCCAACUACUACUCGAUGGAAGAGACUGGCGUGGCAUAUGGCGUAUGAAUAUUGAUCAACUGGAGAAAUCCGUGGAGUUGAUUGCGGAGUGGGGAUCAAUGAAGGAAGUCCUGCUGAGAGGAGAGUGGAAAGAUGUGGAUGUGGGAUCUGAAAAGGGUGGAGUGCAGAGUGCUUUUGAACAACGCUUGCGGGACGUGUUGAGAAUUCGGCAACUGCUGGCCAGUGCAGAGAAUCUUUCACCAGGAAAGGCGCCAGAGAGCAUUGCACCCGAAGUUGUGUUUGACGGAGAAAGCGUUACGGACCGGAGGGUGACAUCCGAUGACCGCUGGAAAACGUGCAUCGGCAAAUUUGAAAAAGAGUUCUCUUUCCUGGAGGACCAUCUUCGUGGUCGCGUGAAGCAGCUCUUCGGCAGUAAUCAGCGGGGUCAGGAAGAUUUGAUCCGUACGCUCAAGCAGCACAGAACUCUGCUUAACCGGGAGGGGAUUAAAAACGGCGUCGAGGGUGAUAUGGCCAGUGUUGCUGAACACCUCAUCAAGCAGCUGCAAAAGAUCCAAGUGCGCUAUGAGAAUAACAAGCGGCGGUCUACGACAGACCUGCAUACUGUAAAAAUGGCCAAGUCCGCCCAGACGGAGUGCGCGCAGAUACCAGAGAUUGCUGGCAUCCUCUUUGGAAAAUCCACAAGCCUUGACCAGGUUGUGAAGGUCGCUGAGGGUAUUAUGGGUGAAAUGCAAAAAGAGGAGAGCGAGGCAUUAGCAGCUUGGAGGCAGAACAUGGAAAACCAUUGCAAGAAGUUAACAAGUUUACCAGAUGCUGUUGUAUUUAACGGAUCCAACAAGCAGUGUAUCACAUGUACUGUGCAUCCAUCUAUCAAACAGUGCUUACAGGAGAUAUACAGCAUGCGUAGUUGGUGCGGUCGUCGCCACGAGGAGCUUUUGCGCAUUAGUGAGGAGGGGGAGGGUGUAAUUAAGGCCUGUGAAAAACUUAUUAAAGCCACCACUCGCAGUAUGCAGGUCGUGAGCAACUACAACACCGUGCAACGGCAAAUCAUUCACUGUACGCGGUCGAUGCUUGAGUCAGCCUCGAAUCAUGCCUUGUCACAGUUGCUCUACAAGGGCUCCGACAAGCGGUUAGUAACUAUUGCUAACUACAACGAAAUUGACGGCCUCAACAUGCGGUUCCAAAACGCAGUGGACGCACUGUGCGUGGAAAACCGCCGCAUCCGCCGUUUUCAUGUUGACUUCAUGAAUCAGGUGGCAGAGUUGCACAACCUCGAACUUGCCGGCCAAACGGAUCAGUGGCGUACGGCUGUAGAUGGUCUGCGGCGCUUAUUCGAGGAGUUCCUGAAUGCCCACAACAUCGACAAUUAUGACAAUUGGCGGCGUCAUCUCGAUGCUCAAAUCUACAAAGCGCUAGAGCACCAAUACCAGCGAGGUUUGGAAACAAUGCAUGAGAAGAUGCAGGAAUUUAAGGUGGAAUUGGUGUUCAAACAGGGCCAGGUACAGUUCAAGCCCAGUUUUGAAGCGGUGCGUGAGGCGUACUACCAGCAGGUGCGCGAGUUGGUGGGUAUUCCGCUCCGCUUCCGCGGCCUCCAACAGAAGAAGGAAUCGGGGGGUCCUUACGAGUUGUACAAAUUGAUACCACUUUCAAACAAGGACCGUAUCGUUACCGUCCACCUCAAGGCGGUGGAGCUCUUCGGAAAGCUUAACCGUGUGCGUAAAGCGUUCCGCACACAUGUGCUGGUAGGAACUUGCGGCAUAAAUGGUGGCCCUGACAUUGACGCACUUGUCGAAGCAACUUGCGCGAAUCUCAAGAACUACUCGGAUGGUUUUAAUGUUGUGAAGGAGCAGUUAAAUAAACUUCGUGACAUCGAUGAUAAUAUGAAAAUUGACGGAUUCACUAUUAGCACUAUUCCCAUAAAGGCGAGUGUUGAGGAGCAGCUACAUCGCCUCGAGGAGGCAUUGCUCAACGCCAUGCGUAAGACGAUGCAGCAGACGCUGUCAGCAAUUGACACCUUUGUGUACAACGCCUCUAACGUCAUCACACGGCAACCUGUUACUAUGGAAGAGGUUGGACAGGCAAAUAAGGCCUAUCGAGAGUUCGUGGCAGCAAUGCCAUCAUAUGAAGAAAAGUUUAGUGAGGCGGAGGAAUUGAAUCGGGUGCUCCGGCAGCACACUGGAACGGUUAUUGACAUCGGUUCCACAAAGUCCCGUUGGGAACACUUGCGCGAGGCAAUCGCGUCACACCACAAAGUUAUUGACGCUUCUAUGUCAAAAAUGCGGGUCUCGCUGGACAGCAUGAUCCAAAAGCAUAUGAAAGAUGGGCAACGCUUCUCUUCCAAGUGGGAUAAAAUGAAAGCGCAGCUUCUCGAGGCGUUUAAAGAGAGCAAACCUGCGUUGAUCGAUACUACCUUGACGCAGAUGAAGGACAGCUACAACGAGUUGGAUGAGCUGAAAACUCAAUCAAAAGAGCUUGAAGCUAAAUGCUUGCACUUUAAACUUCCACCACCAAACUUCCAUGAACUGGAAACCACGCUUAAUGACGUCUCGCAGACAGCCACUAUGUGGACUCUCUAUGAUAACUUCAGAGAGAGCCUUGAUACAUUGCGCAAGGAGGAUUGGCUGACCUUCCGGUCGCACACAUACGUAUUUGAGGACUUCAUGAAGGAAUGGAAAGCAAAGCUGACUGCAACUGCUAACGCAUCCCAUAUGGGUAGUGAUACGGAUGUCAUCGCACAAUACCUUCAUAACAUGCUUGAGGGGUGGGCAAUUUGUGUCCCCAUGUUCCGUUUUGUUCGCGGUGAGGGUAUGAUGACGGAACACUGGAACGAAAUGUUUCGUCUGCUUGAAAUAGAGAAGGGGAUGACGAGCACGGAUCUUACGUUCGGUCAUAUCCUCGACCAUCACAAACAGCUUGUAGCAGCAGAAACCGAGCUGAAACAACUUCAUGCAAGGGUUCAGGGUGAAGUGCAAAUACGUGAGGCACUGCAAGACCUCCGAGCGUGGGCUUUGGAGGCCAAUUUUACUCUCAUCGCCCCAGCAGACAGUGCAACACCGGCGAAGGUGAAGCUCAUCUCUGAGUGGAAGGAGACUUUAGCACAAGUGAGUGACAACCAGUCACUGAUUGGGUCACUUAAAGACAGUCCAUUCUUUUCCCACUUUGCGGAUGAGGCAAACGGGUGGGAGGUCAAACUUGCUAACUUGUAUGAAGCUCUUAUGCUGAUGAAUACGAUACAACGGAAAUGGACAUACCUGGAACCCAUCUUCGCUCGUGGUGCGUUACCACAGGAACAGGCUCGCUUUAAGCGUGUGGACAAAGAAUUUGUGUCUAUCAUGCAAGAUGUAGAGGCAGAUCCACGCGUGAUGACGAUUGCAUCGCAGGCGGACAUUGUGGACCGCUUGAAGACUAUUCUCGACCAAAUUGAGCGUUGCCAGAAAUCACUGAUGGAGUUUCUCGAGUCCAAACGUGAGAGUUUCUCCCGUUUCUAUUUUAUUAGUGACGAGGAUAUGCUUGAAAUAUUGGGUCACAGCAAGAGCCCAUCUGUUAUUCAGGCCCACCUCAAGAAACUCUUUAUGGGAAUUAACUCCGUGAUCUUCAGCGAGGAUCAUAAGUUUAUCACGCAUAUGGUGUCCUCAGAUCGAGAGCAAGUGGAAUUGGCAAAACCCGUGUCUAUCGAGGAGGAUGACGUUGAGAAGUGGCUGGUUGCGUUGGACCAGUGCAUGAAGGAAACGUUACAACGACUUUUGGCCUCUUGUGUGAAAGUGAAGAAUAUCAUUGACCCUGAGCCAAUAAACCGUUACCCCUCGCAAGUACUUCAAGUGACACUGCAGGUGCAGUUCAGUGCAGCUGUAGAAGAAGCAAUCAGCAAAAACUCCUUAUCAGCACUGGGAGGUGAGUUGAAGAACGUUUUGAACAAGUUGACAAUGUUUCCUGCUGAUACCGACCCUGUAUCCAAGUUGAAGGUGAAAGCCCUUAUCCUCGAUGUUAUUCAUCACAUUGAAGUCGUAGAAGCACUGGUGGCGAAAGGAGUGACUUCCACGGAGUCUUGGUGGUGGCAGAAGCAGUUGCGCUACUACAUGAACGAAAACGAACUAUGCUACGUAGCGAUGAUGGACACAAAGUUUGAUUAUACGUACGAAUACCAAGGCAAUGCGGCAAAACUUGUGCACACUCCGCUGACUGACAAGUGUUACUUGGUUCUUACCAAAGGUAUGCAACUUGGUUAUGGUGGUAAUCCGUACGGACCUGCAGGUACAGGUAAAACGGAAUCUGUGAAAGCGCUGGGUAGUGCAAUGGGGCGGCAAGUGCUUGUUUUCAACUGCGAUGAGGGUAUUGACUUUAAGUCUAUGGGGCGUAUCUUCAUGGGAAUUGUCAAGUGCGGUGCCUGGGGCUGCUUCGAUGAGUUCAAUCGUCUCAAAAUAGAUCAGCUUUCAGCCAUAUCUCAAAUGAUUCAAGUAAUCCAGGAGGCAAUUAAAAAUCGCGAGCCCUCCUGCACACUUCUAAACCGGCUUAUUCAGGUGAACAAGAACGCUGGUAUCUUCGUUACACUGAACCCCGCCGGUAAAGGUUACGGUGGACGUUCUAAGUUACCGGAUAACUUGAGGCAACUGUUCCGUGAGGUUGCCAUGACACAGCCCAACAACGAGCUUAUCACGUCGACCAUGUUGUUGUCAGAGGGUUUUACUCAUGCGAAAAACCUAGCAAAGAAAAUCGUGGAAAUGUACCGCCUUUCUGGGCAGCUAAUGUCAAAGCAGCAGCACUACGACUGGGGUCUGCGUUCACUGAAGGCUGUGCUUCACCUUGCAGGGUCUUUGGUGCAAAAGUGGAAGGCAGACAACGGAGGUAAUGCAGCUAGUGAGAAACAGGAAGAAGAGCUGGUUUUGCAAUCGCUUAGCAUCAACAUGCUUAGCAAACUCUCCGUCGAUGACGCACGACUCUUCAGGGAAUUAGCAGUGGAUGUGUUCCCGCAGGUGAGUAUUCGCGAGAUUGCGUACGGGGAGCUCGAAUCUGCCAUUGAAGUGGCUGUGCGUGAGCUGGGUUUGCAGCUCGUCAAGUCCCAGGUUCACAAGGUCCUUCAGUUAUACGAGGCGCUGGGUCAGCGUAUGGGAGUUGUGCUUGUUGGUCCAAGCGGUAGUGGAAAGAGCACACUUCUUCGCAUUCUCCGCAAAGCGAUGCAAAUACUAAAGAUUGAAGUCCCGCUGCAUGUAAUGAACCCUAAGGCUAUUCACCGACAGCAGCUUUUGGGUUAUAUGGACCCGGACACACGAGAGUGGUACGAUGGUGUGCUGUCCGCCGCUGCGCGGGAUGUUGUGAGACAACCGAAAGAAUCUCGGCCGUGGAUUCUAUGUGAUGGCGAUAUUGACCCUGAAUGGGUUGAGUCGCUCAACUCUGUCCUUGACGACAACAAGUUGUUGACACUUCCCAAUGGUGUGCGUAUCCAGUUUGGUAAGAAUGUGAACUUUAUUUUUGAGACACACAGCCUCGCAUAUGCCUCUCCUGCCACUGUAUCCCGUAUGGGUGUCAUCCUGUUCUCCGAAGAUGAUGUUAGUCUUGAGCCCGCUGUACGCUCGUUUCUCCACAAGCAACCAGAGGAGCGUCGGGAGCUCCUUGGGCCUCUUAUUGAAAAAUACCUUAUUCCCGCUGUGCAUCAAACACUGCGACUGGACGCCCUCGUGGUACCUACAACCGGUAUGGGGAUUCUUAACUGUUGUCUUGCACACAUUUUGCAUGUGGCCAAUGAAGAAGACUUCGUGUUCUCGCUGCUUCGCGGGCUCUGUGGUAUGCUCCACCCUGAAGGCGCCAAAACUAUCACAACAGCAGUGUACGAAAUGGGAAAAGUUAGCCCUGUGUCCAAGAAGCGACCAUUGGAUACUUACUACGAUCACGAGAAAAAAUGUCUAAAAGAGUUCGCCUCGAAUCUCACAGUGGACAGUUCGUCCGGAUCACUCCUGAAGGGUGAGUUAAUUGUUCCCACUGUGGACGUGCAGCGACUUAUGGCAACCCUUGAGCCUUUGGUGAGCGACACCAACUGCCGUCCAGUGUUCCUCGUCGGUCCGGAGGGAAGUGGAAAGAGCAUUACUCUGCAACAGUGCUUUGCCCGCCACAGUGGUGUGAGGAUCACCGUCCUUCAUUGCAGCGCGCAAACUACUUCGCUUCACCUCAUUCAAAAACUAGAGCAAAUGUGCACCAUAUCCAGCACAAGCAGUGGGCAUGUGUACCGUCCUAAGGAGGGUGAAAGACUAGUGAUUAUUCUAAAGAACGUAAAUCUUCCCAAACCGGAUAGGUAUGGCACUGUGGAACUUCACGCCUUCAUGAUGCAGUUGAUCAUGUACCAAGGGUUUUACAACAACGACCUAGAGUGGAUUGGCAUCGAGAAGGUUCAACUGGUGGCUAGUAUGAACCCCACAGUGUCAGCUGGUCGUUACGCUGUUACACCUCGUCUUCUCGCCGUUGUGGGAAUCGUUUUCAUGUCCUACCCUUCAAAGGCGGGCCUCAACCAGAUAUAUACGGAAUACUUCAAAUCACUCAUUAGCAGUGUACCCGAUCUGGGUUGUGACCUCGCAAACUGCCCUACAUUAUCGGGGUUUGUGAUUAACGUGUUUGAGAAGAUUUGCCGUAAGCGCGAAGGGGAGGAGUAUGCCCACUGUCUCUUCUGCCCGCGCAGUAUCACCAAUUGGGUCACCAAUGUACUCAUGUAUGAGAUUGACUCACAAACCACAACGCUUCCCGCUGUUUUGGGACACGAAGCGACGUGCAUCUUCGCUGACUGUCUCCCUCGCGCUGAAGACAUCAAGAAGGCCCGGAAAACCAUAAGUGAGUCCCUCGCCACGAUAGGGUACUCCUCCACUUCCUCCUCAUCUGCUGAUGACGCAAAUUCCAUCCUGUUUGUCUCGUGGCUCAGUGAGGCAGACGAACGCGGUCAGAAACGUCUGAAGGGUGUAUCGUACGAAGCUGCUGCUGCUGAGGUUGAGCAGGGAAUAGUGAAGUACAGCCGUGAACACAAAACUCUGAAUAUCCACGUAAUUCCUGAAGUUGUUGGGUGGCUCGCGCGUGUGGACCGUGUGCUGACCCGGCCGUUCGGUCAUCUUAUUUUGGUGGGCCGCCCCGGUGUGGGGCGACGUAACGCCGUCUGCCUCGCUGCAUUUCUCCUAAAAAUGAACGUGGUGACACUCAAUAUGAUGCAGAAGUACGCACUGAAAAACUUUCGCCAAGACUUGAGGCAGUUUAUACAGCGAGCAACGACACAGAACGAGCGGUUGGUUCUUAUGCUCGAAGAUCACAACAUCGUCGACGAAACCUUCUUGGAGAUGAUCAACAGUCUUGUGAGCAGCGGUGAGGUGCCUGGUCUCUUUACACAGGAGGAGGUGGAAACAAUGUGUGCCUCAUUGCGUGAGGAUGCCGCCAAUGAUGGAUACAUGGGAUCUAUUGCAUCCUUCUACCUUCAGCGCCUUCGCCGAAACCUCCGCAUCGCACUAGUGAUGGACAACUGCCACCCUCUCUUUUUGGUUAGGCUACAGUCUAACCCAGGGCUCAUAAGCAACUGCGAUUUGCUGUGGAUGGGCGCGUGGAGCAACGACGCCACUCGCAAUAUAUGCAAGAAACGACUUGCUGCUGUAAUUGAUAACAUUGGUGCCGAUUCUGCGAAUAAAGGUUUUCAUUUACACCGUGAGCUCUUCUCUGUGCACGAGUCCUUCGGCGAAGAGGCGACGCCCGAACGCUUCCGAGUACUGAUGGAAAAUUAUGAAUCAAUUCUUCAAAAGAAAGGUGAGAGCGGUGAGGCUAGUUUGAAGCGACUUGAUGCGGGCCUUGCGAAGCUGCACGAGGCAGAGGAAAGCGUGGCGAAGAUCCAGUCGGACGUUAAGCGCAAGAAAAAGAAGGUGGAGGAAAAACAAAAGGAAGCCGAUAAAGCCCUGACGGAGAUUCAACAGAAGAUGGAGGAGUCAAAAGAGCAGCGUGACACGGCAGAGGAGUUGCAAGCGCGACUGAGCACUGAACAAGAGGAAAUUGCGGUGAAGAGGGAGAAGGUAACGAAGGAGUUGAGCGGCAUCACACCAAUGCUUGAAUCCGCGCGUGAGGCUGUUAGCUCCAUUCGAAGUGAGCAACUGAACGAAAUUCGGUCACUCAAGGCGCCACCAGAGCCAGUGAAAGACGUGCUGGAGGCUGUCCUUGCGCUACUUGGUGUGAAUGAUGUGUCAUGGCAAUCUAUGCGCAAGUUUCUUGGUGAGCGUGGUGUCAAGGAGAGAAUUCUUGAUUUCGACGCAAAGAAUAUCUCAACUCCCAUCCGAGAGAACGUCGCGCGGCUCAUGAAUCAAAAAGCCGGUUCUUUCAAGCAGGAAACUAUCCGUCGUGCUUCUGUCGCCGCCGCACCGAUGGCAGCGUGGGUGAAGGCUAUGAUCGAUUACUCCACCAUCCUCGAAAGCAUUGGUCCGCUCAACAAGCAACUUGAGGAUUUGGAGACAAACAGCGCAAAGGGUCAGGAACAACUCAAACAACUCAAGAGCAAGCUGAAAAAAAUCGAUGAAGCCGUUGCGAAGUUACGGAAGGAGUUCUCUGAGAAGUGCAAAGACGCGGAGCGAAUCAAGGACACACUUGAGAAGGCGCAGAAGGAGCUUACCAAAGCGAAGGAUUUGCUUGAGAAACUCAGUGGGGAGAAAACACGGUGGUCACAGGAUGCUCAGAAGAUUCAAUCAAGCAACCAGCUGCUUCCAAAGCGCGCCCUCGUUGCAGCGGCUUUUAUCACAUACAUCGCACGUGAAACUGAAGAUGUUCGCCAACGCUACUUGAAGCAGUGGUCAAGCCGGCUCAAUCUACCCGACGUUGUCAAGCUUACGGGAUAUAUGCGCACGGACGGUGAACUUCUGCAGUGGAAAAGUGAAGGGCUUCCAAGUGACGACCUCAGUCAGGAGAAUGCAAUUGCAAUGCUCGAUUCUGUGCAGACACCCCUGGUUAUCGAUCCUUCCAAUCAGGCUAUUGAGUGGGUAAAAAUGAACCUAAAGACCAACAACAUUGUGUCGGAAGUAACCUCCAUGCACGAUGAGCGGUUCUCCCACACCCUUGAACUCGCGGUGCGUUUCGGUAAGACGCUGCUCGUCAUGGAUGUUGACGGUGUAGAACCCAUCCUGUAUCCAAUACUUCGUCGCGAUAUCUUCACAGCAGGGGCUAAGCAGGUGGUACAGGUUGGGAACAAGCAAGUAGAUUGGCAGGACAAGUUCCGCAUUAUGCUCUUCACCAGACGAACAGAUAUUGAUCUUCCACCAGGCGCCGCUGCGUUGGUAUUGGUGGUGAACUUCUCCGUAACGAAGUUUGGUCUGGAAAAUCAGCUUUUGGGUGUAACUAUUCAGCACGAGAGACCUGAGUUGGAGCAGGAACGUGCUGCAUUGCUUCAAAAAGAGGAAAGCCUUAAGCUGGAGCUCAAUAAACUGGAGGAACGACUGUUAAGUGACCUCGCCAACUCUUCUGGUGAUCUGCUGGAGAACACUGCUCUCAUACAAGCUUUGAAUGAUGUGAAAGUGCAAGCUUCGAGUAUCACCGAGGCACUGGAGAAGUCUCAUAAACUAGAAGCGGAGCUUAAUGAAAAGCGAGAGGUUUAUCGUCCCUUCGCCAGCAACGGGUCGACGAUUUUCUUCCUCGUCAAGGACUUGGAGAACUUGAAUCGUAUGUAUCACUUUGGUCUCAAUGACUUCGUACGGCUUUUCGUUGAGUGUUUGAGUGGCUACAAGGGGGAGACAGACAUAGAGGCGAAAAUGGCGGGACUUGCCACUAAUUUCAUACAAAAGUGCUUUGUCCACGUGAGCCGCGGCCUUCUAGAGCGCGAUCGGCUUGUCUUUGGUAUGCAUCUCAUUCACGGUUUCUUCCCACAAAAAUUCCCCUCAUCGCUAUGGAACCUGCUUGUUGGUGCCUCCGCCGGAAGUGCCAAUACUGAGGGUAAUGCCGCCUCAGAUGGUAGUGUGCAGCUUCCAAUCUGGGCUCCACCCAUGUCACGCGCUAAAUUUACAGCCCUUCUUGCGGAUGCAACAGCUUCGGAACACGUGAAGAAGUGGGAUUUGAACGAUGAGAAGCGAUGGGGAAGUUGGAUCCUGGAGAACACGCCCGAGGAGAGUUUGACCAAGAACUCGGGACUGAGUUUCAUGGAGCAACUGCUCAUCGUGGACACCUUCCGGCCGGAUCGACUUGCGGAUCUCGCGCACCAUGUUAUUAUGCACUCAUUACAGCUUGAUUCCUUGACUCCUUUAACAUCGUUGGAAGAGAUGCUCACUGGCGCCAGUGCUACCACUCCAAUAAUUCUGAUUACUUCAGGUGGAGCAGAUCCAAGUCAAGAGGUGCAGGAAGUAGCGUACCGUCGCAUGGAGCGACAGCGCUUCACCCAAAUUGCGUUAGGUGGUGGGCAGACGGACGAUGCAAUGUUGCACCUCCGCCGCUGCGCAGCACAGGGCGACUGGCUGUUCUUGAAGAAUUUGCACCUUGUGCUGGACUGGGCUUACGUGUUAGAAAAAGAGCUGAGUGCUAUGCCCCCACCUAACCAAGACUUCCGUCUUAUUAUAACCACUGAACCCCACGACCUCUUCCCAACGGUGCUGCUGCGGAUGUCCUUAAAGAUGACAAUUGAGGCACCCCCUGGCGUGAAGCAGAAUCUUAUGCGGUCUUACAUCAUGUGGGACGAAGGUUAUCUGCGGUUGAAGACAAAAACGCUUUCGCAGAUGCUGUUUGGUUUAGCCUGGUUCCACGCGUUGCUGCAGGAGAGGAGAAACUAUGUUCCACAGGGAUGGAUAAAGUUCUACGAGUUUUCACUUGCAGACAUGAAAGCGGCAUCAGACGUUUUCUGUAUGCUAAGUCACAACAACAUGGACUGGGUCACGCUCCGAGGUAUGUUGCAGAACUGUAUCUAUGGUGGAAGGUUGGAGAAUGUACGUGAUGAACAGGUGCUGCUGAAGCUUAUUUCCAAGAUCUUUAAUGAGGAACUUCUCGUUUCGUGUACCAAAGCCCUGCACGAGAAACUGCACGUGCCAACCACCAGUGAACAUAGUGAGGUUGUACAGUUCAUCCGCGAUAACGUCUCCGAUGUAGACACGCCAGCCCUUUUGUGCCUGCCAGACAACGCAGACCGCGCGGUGAAGGAGCAGCACACAGACCGCCUAAGGGAAGAAUUGCGCUCAUUUGUCCACAGUGCAGGUGUCAGUGCAUCUGCAAAGGAUGUGUGGCGCUCCCUGCUCGUGCCAGUACUUGAAGUGUGGAAAAACAGCGGUUUAAAGGGUGGAAGCACUCAGGCACUGAGCGCAGGGCAAGGAAACUACGACCCUAUGAAGGUAUUCUUUAUUAGUGAGGCAGGGCUGCUCAGGGAGAUCGUGGAAUCCGUUGCCGCCAAGUUUGCUGACCUGCAGUGUGUGGCAGAUGGUUUGUUAAUGCCUUCGGCAGCACUACGAGAGGAAGCGGCAGAGCUUAUUAGUGGCCGCGCCCCCUCUAAUUGGCUAGACCAAAUGGACGGGCCGAAGGAAAUUGGAUUAUGGUUACAACUUUUGAACCGGAGGCUGACGGUCAUGACAACCAAUGCGCAGCGGGCAUUCUCCCCCAGUGGUGGUGUAUUUGACUUGGUGGACUUCCUAAGGCCCCAAACAUUUCUCAUCGCACUGCGGCAGUACACAGCUCGUACUACCAAAGCACCCCUUGUUGAUAUGUCGCUCGUCGCCGUUCCAAAAGGUGGUAAGGGCAGUGCCUCACCAGCCUCUGGCACCCCAUGCAUUACGAUAAAGGGUGAGUCCAUACAAGUUCAGGGUUCGCUGAUUGACGCUCAAGCCACCGUUUCACCCGUUUCGUCAAGCUCGCCGUCCUCCAUGCCUAUGCCCACUGAAGUGCAGGUGUGGUGGAUGUAUGGCAGCGAUAAGAGUGGCGGUGCACAUAUUCCUCUCUACACCAACGCCACGCGGAGCACCAAAAUUCUCGAUAUCUCCGUCCCUGGCGGUGAGGAAAAGGAUGAACAACUCUUACUUGGAGGAGUGGCCGCCUUCCUCAUGUCUGUUUAG